UCUCCACUCCCCCAGUCCCCACCUAUGUCCAGCGACGAAAUUGAAGCGACGACCACGAGAUCUACGGAUUUCUCCACUCUAGGAGUCCAUAGGGAAUCGAGGAUGGAGACGAAGAGGAGAAGGCAGCAAGGGGAGGAGGGGUCAAGGCGUGGGUCCGUCGCCAGCGACGGCGCCAUCGCUCUGGAGGCGCUGGACUGCACCGUCUGCUAUCACCCGCUCAGGCCUCCCGUCUUCCAGUGCGCGGUCGGGCACGUGAUCUGUUCGUCUUGCCAUGACAAGCUCCUGAACAAGAACAAGUGCCACGCGUGCGCCACCACCGGCGGCUAUAACCGCUGCAUCGCGUUCGACCACAUCCUCGAGUCUGUCCGUGUCCCUUGCUCCAACUCGUUCUAUGGAUGCACUGCCAAGACUUGUUACCACGAGCGAGACGAUCACGCGAAGUCGUGCCUGCACGCGCCUUGCUUUUGCCCUGAAGAUUGGUGUGGCUUUGCUGGCACAACCACCGCACUUCUACGGCAUCUCACCGCCGACCACCGGUUGACAGCUACAGAGUUUGCGUUUGGACAUCGUUUCACCCUUCAGGUGCAGGAAGGAAUGCAGGUUCUGCACAAGAAAAAAGGCAGCCCCCUGUUCCUGGUAAAAUUCAUGUCUGUGCCUCCUUUCGGCAAAGCCGCCUCUGUCCUGUGUGUUGAUCCUCUUGCCGUGGUGGGGGAGUGCAAGUUCAGAUGCCAGGUUGAUUUCCACUGCCGUACCAUGGGUUGGCGACAGAAUUCGGAUUUCCAAAUCAGAAGCACCACUCUCUCUGGUGGUUUGCCAACAGAGGAUGGCAGCUACUCCUUUGUCAUGCCAAAUGUUUCUUCUAACCUGCCGACUGACAUCAGCGUCGUCAUGUGUGUCACAAAGAUAGCUGAUGAUGACAGCGCUUGGAGUGACUGGUGA